UAUCCAAAAUGGGUCAAUACAAGAAAGAAAAACAAAGAGUUUCUCGAGACAAGGCUGGUGGUGAUGAUCGAGCCAAGAACAUUAGAGUCAAAGGUGAAAACUUCUACCGAGAUGCUAAGAAGAUCAAGUACAUCAACAUGUUGAAAGGCGGUAAGGCCAUCCGUGAUUCUCAAGGUCGUAUUGUCAAGGCAGCUGAUUUCCAAAGCAGUGAAGUCAAGACUGCCCGUGUUGCACCCAACAGAAAGUGGUUUGGUAAUACUAGAGUGAUUGGACAAAAAGCUCUUGAAGAUUUCAGAGAAUCUCUCGCUGCCAAAGUUGAUGAUCCUUAUCAAGUUCUUUUGAAGCAAAACAAAUUGCCCAUGUCUCUUUUACAAGACUCUACUAAGCAAACUCGUAUGCAUAUUCUUGAAACUGAUAGCUUCAGCAAUACCUUUGGUAAUAAGGCACAAAGAAAGAAGCCCAAGUUGGCUAUUGGUUCAAUGGAAGAAUUGAUGAGUAAGGUGGACGAUACACAUGACACCUACAAAUCUGAAAAGGAUUCUAGUCUUUUGGCUAACAAGGAGUCUGAUUAUUCUGAAGCUGGCCGCGCCUGGUAUCUUCAAGCAGGUCAAUCCAAGCGUAUUUGGAAUGAACUAUACAAGGUUAUUGAUUCUUCUGAUGUUAUUAUUCAUGUCCUUGAUGCCCGUGAUCCUAUUGGUACUCGUUGUCGUAAUAUUGAAAAUUUUAUUCGUAAAGAAAAGCCUCAUAAGCAAUUGAUCUUUGUUCUUAACAAGUGCGAUCUUGUUCCUACUUGGUCUACUGCUCGUUGGGUUUCUCAUCUCUCUAAAUAUGCCCCUACCCUUGCAUUCCAUGCUUCUAUCAACAACUCGUUUGGUAAGGGUUCACUUAUCCAACUCCUGCGUCAAUUCUCUUCUUUGCACAGUGAUAGAAAGCAAAUCUCUGUUGGUUUUAUCGGUUACCCUAACACGGGUAAGUCUUCUAUCAUCAACACCCUUAAAUCCAAGAAGGUAUGCCAAGUUGCUCCUAUUCCUGGUGAGACUAAGGUCUGGCAAUACAUUACUUUGAUGAAGCGUAUCUAUCUUAUUGAUUGCCCUGGUGUUGUACCUCCCAAUGUAGAUGAUGGUGAAGUUGACAUUAUUUUGAAGGGCUCUGUUCGUGUUGAGAAGAUGGCUAAUCCCGAAGACACUAUUCCUACCAUUUUGGAGAGAGUGCGUCAUGAAUAUUUGAAGAGAACUUAUGGUCUCGCAGGCUGGGAAGAUAGUACUGAUUUCUUGGAGCAAAUUGCUCGAAAGACAGGUAAAUUACUCAAGAAGGGUGAACCUGAUGUGCACAAUGUGUCUAUUAUGGUGCUUAAUGACUGGCUUCGUGGUCGUAUUCCUUAUUAUGUUGCUCCUCCUGAAGCUGUCGAGCCUCUUACUGAAGAACAAAAAGAAGAGAAGAAGAACAAGAUUGGUGUUGAACAAAUGUUUGCCAAGAUCAAUGUUACUACUGAGUACAUGGAAGAUGAUUUGGCCAACAAUGCUCAAUUGAUUGCCGAAGAAAGAGCUAAGGCUAAGGCCAAGAAGGAAGAAGAGGAAGCUAAUGCUGCUGCUAUCGAAAAGAAUACUUCUAAACAAAAGAAGAAGGCUGUUGCUGCCGAACCUGAAGUUACUGAUUGGGAUGAAGUUUUUGAAAGUGUUGUUGGCGAGGAAGGUCCUAUUGUCAAGGCUCCUGUUAUUGAAGGUGAAGAAGAAGAUGAAGAAGAAGAGCAAGAAGAGGUUGAUAGUGAGCUCGAAAUGACUGAUGAUGAUCAAGAAGAAGAAGAGGAAGAAGAACAACCUGUCAAGAAGGCUAAGGCGAAUAACAAUGAAGUUGAAGUUGAUAGAAAGAAGAAGAAGGUUGGUGUUCACUAUUAUGAAACUGCCAAUGUCAAGAACAAGAACCGUAACAAAGUUAAGCCUGAUGAAACUAAGAAGAAGGUACUUCACUCUCGCUUAAAGGGUUCUGCUGUUUCUGGUAACAAGCGCAAGAGAAACUAAACUAUACAUAUUCUUUCAUAUACAUCUAUACAUAUAAUCACCCCCCCCCACACACACACACACACACAUUAAAGCCUUUUUUUAGAUUCUUAUUUAUUUCUGUAAUCGCAUUGUAUCUGAUCAAUUAAAUAAAAAGAAAAAACAUGAAGCACUUUUGUUUAAA